CGUGCAGGCUCACGUUUCACGGCCUCCAAAAAUGUGCCCCAGACAUUUCGUAAUGCUGCACGCAUAUCCAGAGCCUGUGUUUCUGGCUAAGAGCCAAUAGAAUAGAGUCUGGAAUGGGAAAAGAACAGUGGUGAUCCUGGAUUCAUUUAUGAGAGAAAAGCAGCAGCACCACGAGCAGCACUAACCGCCUCUCGGCAGGGGAAACAGCGGAAGCCUGUAGCGGACGUACGAACGCCAUAGGCGCCGAAUGGUUCCACGUAAUUCAUUCGAUUCCGUAUAUCGUCGAGCACACAAGUUGCUAAAAAAUGGAGCAUAAAGCCAGGUAGGGCUCGCGCCAGUGACAGAGGGACCUUUACAAAACAGUCGCCUUCAUCGUAGUUUGCCGACAGUCUAGCGCGCAAGUUUCACGUUUGCUGCCUUAACAAAUGCUAAGUUUCUCGUGAUUCACGAUCCUGUUUUAUAUUAUUCCAAUUGUGUAACGUACGCCAAUAUUCUCGACGAGUCAUAGCAGUAAUUUGUCGAGUGCCGGGGUCAACGGUUGCGUAUUGGUGAUUUUCGAACGAUUGGGGACAAUUAAUAAAGUAGACCGCGACGCAGCUAACAGAAACACGUGCAGCGCUCAAAUUUCAAUAGCAGGUGUUGAACGCGAUGAUUUUUUCCGGUACGUAAUUUUGAAAUUUUUCCAACCGUCCCCUGAUUACGAGAUCGCCCCGUUCAAACUUUGUGAUCCAAACGGGGAUAUUAAUCCCCGGGGGUUCGAAGAUCUUGAAUCAAGUAGCCCGCAGAAUGACGCGAAUUUCUUAGGCAAACGUUCCAAGGAUUAUCUUCGAAAUUGCAAGGUACGCGGUGUAGUUGCAGCGCUGGUCGUACCAGAAGUGGGACUGGAAGUGGAUCUGGAAGUGGAAGGAGUUUGCGGUGAUGGUGUUCGUGACGAUGAUGAUGGUUUCGAACUUCGUGAUGUUUCGGGUGAUACACGUAGACGUCCGACCAUCAGGAGUGGCGGGGAAAUACGAAUGCUGAAAUAUCCGUUGGCGUGACCAAGUGGGGAGGGAUUAAACCGCGUGUGUAUUCGUAAUCCACCACCUUCGACUUCGUGCAGCUAGCUCUCUUAUCCGCAGAACGGUGAACGGACAGACUUGGAGCGUUGUGGCUGACGACAUCGAGAGACGAAUUACGGGCAUAUGGAGUCAAAUGCGGAAGACCGGCCAGACCACGUGUUGACCUAAAGUCGCGCAGCAGACGCGGCAGGUGUGCUCGUGCCUUAGUUCCUGUUUUUAUCAAGAAUAAACUGGUCAAUUUUAGUCUUGUAAUUGAUAAUUGUUCGCAAUUAUACCAGUGCUAAUAAGUUAGCUCUUUUGAAAAUUUCAACGAAGUUAUCAAAACAGUUCAAAAAUGCCGGACAAAGUUGCACCCGCCGAAAAAGUACCCUCCCGAAAAGGUUCCGGUUCGGGAGAUGGUAUUAAAAUGAAAAAAGAACUCGGAUUGUUGGACGGUGUCGCUAUUAUUGUGGGAAUUAUUGUUGGGUCGGGAAUAUUUGUUUCGCCAAAAGGGGUUCUACUGCACAGUGGGAGCGUUGGCCAGGCCUUAUUGGUCUGGAUAUUUUCCGGAGUGUUAUCCCUAGUCGGCGCACUAUGCUAUGCAGAACUUGGAACCAUGAUCCCAAAGUCCGGAGGUGAUUACGCCUAUAUCAGUCAUGCUUUUGGGCCGUUACCCGCAUUUCUUUACCUUUGGGUUGCUCUUUUCAUCCUCGUACCAACGGGGAAUGCGAUAACUGCGCUAACUUUCGCUCAGUACAUUCUUCAACCCGGUUGGCCUGGGUGUGAACCACCCUAUGCGGCUGUGCGACUUUUGGCAGCGGCAAUCACGUGCUUGCUGACCGUCAUAAACUGUUACAACGUGAAAUGGGCGACUCGAGUACAAGAUGUAUUCACCGGUACGAAAAUCUUUGCGCUGAUUAUAAUAAUCAUCGCUGGAAUCGUCUGGCUUUGCAUGGGUCACACAGAAAAUUUCCAAUAUCCGAUGGCUGGAUCGAACACCAAGCCGGGUUACAUCGCUCUCGCAAUCUACUCAGGAUUGUUCUCGUACUCCGGAUGGAAUUACCUCAAUUUUGUCACGGAAGAGCUCAAGGAUCCCUACAAAAAUCUACCCAAAGCGAUAUGCAUAUCACUGCCUCUUGUGACUAUAAUAUACGUUUUGACGAACGUGGCUUACUUCGUAGUCCUAACACGAGACGAAAUUUUGGCUUCGAACGCGGUCGCUGUGACGUUUGGGGAUAAACUGCUCGGCGUGAUGUCCUGGAUAAUGCCAUUUUUCGUGGCCUGUUCGACUUUCGGUGCCCUGAAUGGAGCCAUCUUCGCCUCAUCUCGCCUUUUCUUCGUUGGCGCACGUAACGGUCAUUUACCAACGGCCAUUGCCCUCAUCAACGUCAAAAACUUGACACCCGUACCGUCGCUCAUUUUUCUUUGCCUCAUUACGCUGGUACUCCUGGUUAUCGAGGACGUAAAUGUGCUGAUAACGUAUGUCAGUUUUGUCGAGGCUCUUUUCACCACGUUAUCGGUAUCUGGACUCCUUUGGCUGAGGCAUAAGUGCCCCGAUCUUGAACGUCCGAUAAAGGUUUACAUCGCACUUCCAAUAAUUUUCUUCGUCAUCUGCGUCUUCCUGGUCGUACUGCCGUGUUAUGUUUCACCCUGGGAGGUGGGUGUGGGUACAAUUUUUGUGUUGUCGGGUAUUCCCGUAUACGGAAUCUUCAUUCAUUGGAAAAGUAAGCCAAGUUGGCUGGUGAUGGCUUCCCACAAACUCAACAUGACAUGCGCAAAGAUGUUCAUGUGCGUUCACGAGAGUAAAGCCGAUUGACGGAAUUGCAGGAGGUAAGGUAAUUAAAAUAUCUCGCGAAUUGAUUCGUGGUUUGUACAGUAUUGUUGCGUAUUCUCGCCUAAAUCCCCUAUGAAUCAUUAAAACAGGGAUUAAAAAAGGGACCGCGCAAAUGCAGGGGCGUACCUAAAACCAUUACCUUCCACUACAAUAUUUGUCUGUUAUGCAGACAUUAUAGUCUGACGGUGUAUUGACUUUAAGAAACUGGCACAAAUUCUUUUUGACUGUUUUUGAAAUAAGACAACCUCAAUUAACUUAUUGUUAGACCAGGGUUAACGCCUUUCGAACUCAAGUGUUCUGUAGCAAUAAUUUCUUAUAAGUGUUUUGUAUAUAUAUUUUCUAACGCUAAUACGCACUGUGGAUUCUAAACCGCUGGCUUCAUCAAUCUAAUCGCUAUAUCUAUCGGCAUCUAUUAUUAAUAAUGCAUCAACUGUACAGCAGAAAUGAUAAUUUAAAGAGCCCGAACCGUGGGUUAUGCCGUAUAAGAGGGAAUUUAUCGCUUUUGCGCCUAUAGUUGAACGUUCUGAGAACGUGCGCUCAUCUCAGUAAGUGCCUUCUAAGAGUUUAUAUGUAUACAUAUAUUUAUAUUUUACACGUAAAUUUUCUCAUCGGUGUUAUAAAGAUCAAAUUGUCAAACAAUUUAUAUUAUGUUUAUAUACAAGGGUACGUGUAUCAUAUAGCAGGUAUAUUUAUAUAUCAUAUUUCGUCUUUGCUACAUUCUCACGAUAAAAUUAUCUAUAGGAUAGAAUCUCUUUGAUAAUAAAACCAAAAAAUAAAGAAAUGUAUGUACGAGAAUAAAAUUUUUUUGCAUAAUAA